GAAUUCUUCCCGCAGCGAAUUCCCUCGGGUCGCGCCGCUAACAGCUGAUCCUCCGCGCAGGAACAACAUUCACGGCUCAACAUUUAACUUAUUAACUCGAUUUAUUCACCCGGGAGUAAUGGAAGCCCUCAUUCCAGUUAUAAAUAAGCUCCAAGAUGUGUUUAAUACGGUUGGUGCUGAUGCCAUACAGCUCCCUCAGAUUGUGGUGGUGGGAUCACAGAGUUCUGGAAAGAGCAGUGUGCUAGAGAGCCUGGUAGGACGCUCCUUCCUCCCUCGGGGUACAGGCAUCGUCACAAGGAGACCAUUGGUGUUACAGUUGGUCUACACGUCUCAUGAUGACAACCAGCAUCGGUCAGCAGAGGCAGGUACCCUGGACCUGGAUGAGUGGGCCCAGUUCCUCCAUGCAAGGAGUCGGAUCUAUACAGACUUUGAUGAUGUGCGCAAGGAGAUUGAGCAUGAGACAGACCGGGUGGCGGGCAAUGGAAAAGGCAUCUGCAGUGAGCCCAUCCGACUCAAAAUCUUCUCAGACAAGGUGGUCAACCUGACUGUGGUGGAUCUGCCAGGACUAACAAAGGUGCCAGUAGGAGAGCAGCCAGAAGACAUUGAGCAGCAGAUCCGGGACCUGGUCCUAUUCUACAUCGGCAAUCCCAACUCCAUCAUUUUGGCUGUGUCGCCUGCAAACAUGGAUAUGGCCACUUCUGAGAGCCUCAAGUUGGCCAAGGAGGUUGACCCUGAUGGCCGCAGGACGCUGGCUGUUAUCACCAAGUUGGAUCUCAUGGAUGCGGAUGAUACCCUGAACCGCCUGCUGAUGCACCACAUUAGGGAUUGUCUUCCAGAACUAAAGACACGUGUCACCAUGAUGAUGUCUCAGUUCCAGUCUCUGCUCCAUAGUUAUGGUGAUGAUGUCCAGGAUAAAGCUCAGACACUGUUGCAGAUCAUUACAAAGUUCAAUGCAGCUUACUGCCAGACCAUUGAAGGCACAGCCAGGAACAUUGAGACUACAGAACUGUGCGGAGGUGCUCGCAUAUGCUACAUCUUUCACGAAACGUUUGGCCGCACCCUAGACAGCAUUCAUCCUCUUGCAGGACUGACGCAGAUGGACAUUUUAACAGCAAUAAGAAAUGCCACUGGCCCAAGACCGGCACUCUUUGUACCAGAGGUUUCUUUUGAACUCCUGGUGAAGAGACAAAUCCGCCGUUUGGAAGAGCCGUCCCUCCGUUGUAUUGAGUUAGUCCAUGAAGAAAUGCAGAGAAUUAUCCAGUUCUGUGGGACUGAAGUCCAACAAGAGAUGCUUCGUUUCCCAAAGCUACAUGAGAAGAUAAUAGAUGUUGUUACGCAGCUUCUCCGCAGACGUCUUCCUCCAACAAAUUCCAUGGUGGAGAACCUAGUUGCCAUCGAACUGGCCUACAUCAACACAAAGCACCCAGACUUCCGCCCUGAUGCCUCCCUAGCCUCCACCCUAGUUUCAGAUGAGGAGAAGGCACGCAACAUCCCUGUUCGACGCAUCCAUGGUAAUGCCCCCUCGACCUAUGAGCACGAGCAGCCCAAGCGUGGAGAGUUGAGGCAAGUUGACAACUUUGCUAAUAGGACAAACCAACUAGACUACAUGCAGAACCCUAAGAAUAUGACCCGCUUCAUGGGCGAGCAAGGCCUACCCCGCCCUGCGCUGCCCCUCGAGCCUGCCGCAUCAGCCGCCAACAAGGAUGGUGGGGCCAACAAUCAGAACUGGUUCUCGUCACUCAUCGCAGGGCCAAGGGCAGAGACCACGGCACCCAGCAAGGAGCAGUCUAGGGAGUCGUCGCCAAGUGCCACUCCUACGCAUCAGCAAUUAGCUCUCUCGGCCUUUGACACCAUCAUUAAUCCUGACCAAGGAGUAGAGGUUGGAAAGGUACCAACACCCCCUGAGGGCGGCAUCCUGUCUCCACAGAAGCCAGUCAACUUACUCCCAGAGGUCCCUAUGCAGCAGACCCGCAAGCUCACCGAGAGGGAAUCAAAAGACUGUGAGGUCAUUGAACGCCUAAUCAAGACCUACUUCUACAUUGUACGAAAGAGCAUCCAGGAUAAAGUCCCCAAGGCCAUCAUGCACUUCUUGGUCAACCACGUCAAAGACAAUCUCCAGUCAGAGCUUGUGAAGCAUUUGUAUCGCACAGAAGAGAUUGACACCUUCCUGUCAGAAUCCCCAGAGAUAGCUCAACGCAGGAAGGAGGCUGCAGAAAUGCUGAAGGCUCUUCAAAAUGCCAAUGUCAUUAUUGGGGAGAUCCGUGAGACCCACAUGUGGUAAUGAAGACUUCAGCAACAAGUUGGACAGAAUCAUUGAAUUUGUAUGCUGUCAUUCAAUAUUGUUUUCAUGACAGGAAGCAGCGGUACUCUCAAAGGUGUCUUUACAUUGUGUAACUGUGAAUGCUUUUUUCUUUUUUUUUUUUCUUUCUUUUUCUUUAAUUCUUUUCUAAGUUUAGGGCACUCUAUGUUAUCAGUAUGUAACCAAUACACAUUUUUUCUGCACACAUUGUGGAUGUGGGAUGAUUAUUUAUUGAUUUUCAUGUUGAUAUUGUAAAAGAUUUAUAUGUAUAUAAAUAUAUGAAAAAUGAGAUCUUAGUCUGGUACCAGAUCUUUGAUUUUUGGAUAUUUGAUAAAGAAGAGAAUUCUCAAAGAGUUCUAUAUUAUUUUACAUAACAGAAUAUUUGAUACUACAGAAUAUCCCUUGUGCUGCCUUAUGCUAUUCCUGACGGUUUAAUGUGAAGAUAUUGGCAAAUCUAGGUACUUACUCUCUCUCCACUGCUGUAUUAUUCUGGGAAUGUGCAAGUGUAAGUGCUAGUUUUAAGACAAAUGAAACGGCAGACAUUCCCAUGACCCUCCCACAUGAUAGCCUGUAGACCACUGGAAAGAUAAAUAUAUCUAGUCAACAAUAUGGCUGUAUUUAGAAGGUAACAUACAUAAUUUACAUGGCUCUUAUUUUUGUGAUUAUUAUAGACUCUUAUAAAGGAUGUAUUGAUUUGCAUGACACAAUCCACCCAACCUGAAAUAGACUGGAAUACAUACAUUAGCAACAGGUUAACUGUGCAGUUUCUUUGUUUUGUUAAUGUUUAGUAAACCCAGUGUCCACUCAAGUUGUAAACUCUGCCCAGUAUGUCCAAAAAUGCAAUUAUUGAUAGUAAGGCUGCAGAUCUUAUGUAGAUAUACUUUCCCUAUGUAUGUAUAUAGUUAGGUAAUUUGUAUUUUUUUUUCUCUCUCUCUCUCAAUCACUAACAUACAUUUUAGUCAUAAGAAUGUUAUUUGGCUUACCUUUGGUUGCCAAUUGUUCACAAAUUUACUUAAGACUCUAGAAUAAAUUUGCCCAAGAAAUUAGAACAUGUUUCAGUUUAGUUGGUAAGAAACCCAAUGAUCAGGUGUUCCAAUGUUUCAUGUAACACCUAAUUGCAAUGAUUAUAGUACUUUUUAUAUUUAGUAGACGGGUAUGUUGUUGGUAAGCAUGUGCCCUCUGUUGUGUCAAUAUAGUAUCUUUAAUUUAUAAAAGAAAAUAAACAUGAGUCACCUAUGGUAUUUUAAAUGUAAAUUGUUAUAUAUUUCAGCAGAAAAGGAAAACCUUCUUAUAUGAAAGUUUUCGCCUUUUAAUUACAUUGUGAAAACCAUACAUGGGAUAAAGAAAUUAUAAUGGCAAAAUUCUUUUUCCAAGAGCACAAAUGUUCCAAAUGCUAACUUGUGUAAAGGCAGUUCACUUAUAGAAAAUUCAGUUACUGUGAAGAACUUUGGAGAUAAGUAUUCAAAGUAAUAUUUGAUGUUUACCACAUGUAUUAGGAAGCAAACACAGAUCAUUCUGAGAAGUGACUGCAAAUCCAUUCCAUACAGAAUGAUAAUAUCACCUAUAUUCCCUUUAUGAUUUAGGAUAGGGUGAAUUAUUUAUCUUGUUGAUAAUACCUGGAUGUCUAUUUUCAGCUGUCAUUGUUAUUCAUAAUAUAGGAGAUACCAGAUAUUUUUUCUUUGUUGUGUGUGAUGAAUGUGCCAGUACAGUUUGAUAUGUCUUUUGGUGAUUAAUCAGGUUUGUUAGUAUUUGAUUUAUAUUUUUUUUCUCAUUAUUAUUUUUAAUUUAUUGCAGAAUAAGUCAUUUUAAUAAUACUCGUAUAGGAUUUAGAAGGGAACAAACAUUUUGACUGAAUGAGAGUGCAUGUUGUGUGUUUAUGUGCCAUUAUUUAUACUGUGUUAUUGUAUAUCUGUUCAGUUAUGGCUUAUAUAUGAUGAUGCAGAACUAUGUACAAGUCUGUUUUUAAUUAUGAUCAGUGUAAAAUAGCGUUUAUUUUGUUCAAAACUGUAAAUAUUUGUUCCAUUUCAAUGGACAACACAUAAAGUGACCGAUACAUUUCAACGCUUACUUAGGUAACGUGCGCAAUGUGCAGCAAGAAGCUAAUGCUCUUACACGGAAAGUGGUCACGGAAAACGCAUAAGAAAGCUGAAAGCAGAAGUGCAAGGUUGUCUAUGAAGUCUGAAAUCUGCUGCUACAAAUGAUACUUUUUAGCUUCCUCUCUUAAAACUUUUUCUUGCUACCAGUGACUUCAUUGCCUUUCUUCAUGGAAUUCCUGUUACUCUACAAACAGCUUCAUUCUUUGUGUAAAUAUUGCUUAGAAUUAUUUGUAAAAAUUAGAAAUAAAGGUGUUUGUUCACAG